CAACUUCUUGGUAUUGAAUUGACAUGGCAAUGCAGAGCUAUUCAGCACCUGGGGGUAUCCCAAUGCAGGACAAUAGAGCCUACGCUGCCCAGUCAGUAACAGUGUCCAUGCCUGACCAAAAAGUCAGUGAUGAUAUCAUUUUCUCCACAUUCAGUCUUCACUUCUGUAAUGUUUGCUGUCUUGGGUUUGGAGCCUUUUACAACUCAAUAAAGGCCAGGGACAGCAGAUUGCUGGGAGACUUCCCAAAGGCACGGUCUUAUGGCGCCAAAGCUCGCCGCCUAAACAUUGCUGCCGUCAUUAUUGGUUCCAUCCUUAUACUCAUCUUUCUCAUCAUCUUUGUCAAGACAUAUAUGCAAGCCACAUCAAUUUACAAUCAGAUUCGUUAUCCGUAUAAUUACUGAUUGCUUUCUUUGUUUUUCUUUUAUUAUUUUUUUUUUU